AUGUUAGUCUCUCCGUCAGCCCAUGAGGCCUUCGUUACCCUGGCGACCACAGACUCCUACAGUAAAGGAGCGGUGGUGGUGGCCAAAAGUUUGCGGCGGCACGGGACUACUCGCAGCAUCGUCGUCAUGGUUACGCCCAACAUCUCCAGCUCCGCCAGAUCUGCUCUGGAGGAGGUGUUCGACCAGGUGGUGGUGGUGGACCUCCUGGACAGCGAGGACUACCUCCGCCUGUCGCUGCUGGGACGUCCCGAGCUCGGAGUCACCUUCACCAAGAUCCACUGCUGGACCCUGGUGCAGUUCAACAAGUGUGUGUUCCUGGACGCAGACACGCUGGUCCUGGGGAACGUGGAUGACCUCUUCAGCAGAGAGGAGCUGGCCGCGGCCCCGGACCCCGGUUGGCCCGACUGCUUUAACUCUGGGGUCUUUGUGUUCCGGCCCUCGCUGCAGACUCACGCUCUGCUGGUGCAACACGCCGCUCAGCAUGGAAGCUUCGAUGGUGGGGACCAGGGCUUACUGAACUCCUUCUUCAGCUCGUGGCCUCACACAGAUCUGUCCAAACACCUUCCCUUCAUCUACAACCUGAGCGCCAGCACCGUCUACAGCUACCUCCCGGCCUUCAAGCGCUUCGGACACCAGGCCAAGAUCGUCCACUUCCUGGGUUCUACUAAACCAUGGAACAGCAGCGCAGGCUCCAGCUCUCGCACCAUGGGGCGAUAUGUGGACAUGUGGUGGACCGAGUACCGGGACCAGAACCAGAGCCAGAACCGGAACCAGAAGAGCUCCUCCUCUUCAUUGUCUUCAUCGUCUUCAUCACCAUCUGCAAACAACCAGCGAGACCUUCCCUUUGUGUCGUACACAAAGACCACAGUCAAACAGAAGAAAGGGACUGGAAUUCAGUUCAAAGAAACAAGAGAAAUCCUCAGAAUCUCCGCUCCGUUACCGCCGCCGCCGCCGUCGCCUCAGGAUCCAACGGUCACUCAGGUUUUGUCUCAGCUGCCCCCGAGCCCACAGCCUGAAGCCCCUCCUACUGCGGAAAAGAAGGAAGAGGAGGAGGAGGAGGAGAGCAUGAGGUGUGAGCUGAGUGAAGUUGAGGAGGCAUCUGCAGAGGAGGAGGAGCAGGAGGAAGAGGAGGAUGAAGAUGUGGAUCUGGAAAAUCUGGAGGAAGAGAUCAUCUCCAGCAGCGAAGGAGAAGUGGACGGGACUUACCCCAGCGACGCAGACUCGGAGGAUGACGAGGAGCACCGGAGGCAGUGGGAGAUCGGACAGGCCGACUAUCUGGGACGAGACGCCUUCGAGAACAUCCAGAAGAUGCUGGAUCGAUUCCUGGGCUGA